AGAUUCAAAGUACAAACGCUACAAAAACAAAAUUGAACACAUAAAAGAAGCAACCGAUGAUUUGGUUUGGUUGGCAGUUGACUAGUUCGUGAGUCAUUGUUGUUGUUCUGCUCUUGCAUGCAAUUUAUUGGACUUUGAAUUGAAUAAAGUAAACUUGUUAUUUCAUAGCAACCCCAUCAUUUUGUUUUCCCUCUCUGCAUCACCAUUUCGUUUCAAUCUCCCUCUGCUGAUUCUGCACAGGAACAAUGUCUGAGAAAAUUACAGCUGCGAACCUUCUUUACAACCUUGUGGACACAUUUGCUGAGAAGGGAAAAGUUGAAUCAUUCUUUGAAAACGAGAAUUCAAACUCAGCAAGCUCUCAGGUCAACAAAUUGUUUCAACGCCAGAAAACCGUCCACCAUCUUUUAGGAGGUGGAAAAUCUGCGGAUAUCUUGUUAUGGAGGAACAAGAAGAUUUCUUCUAGUGUUUUAACUGGCGCAACAACUGCAUGGGUGCUUUUUGAAUGGCUUAAUUAUCAUUUUCUUACUCUUUUAAGCUUUGCUUUGGUUCUUGGUUUGCUUGCACAGUUUCUAUGGUCAAAUGCUUCUAGCCUUUUUAACAGUACGCCAUCUAAAGUGCCCCGUUUUAUUCUCCCCGAAGAAUUCUUUGUGAAUAUUGCUCAUGUAGUUGGCGAUGAGGUUAACCGUGGUCUGAGAUUUCUUCAAGAUAUUGCUUGUGAAGGAAACUUGAAGCAACUGCUCAUUGUUGUUGGAAGUUUGUGGGCUGGUGCAGUGAUUGGGAGCUGGUGCAAUUUUUUGACUGUCAUAUAUAUUGGUUUUGUUGCUGCAUACACACUCCCAGUUCUCUAUGAAAGAUAUGAAGAUGAGGUUGACAAUUUCUUCUACAACUUCCUUGAACAGAUACAAAAUCAAUAUCAAAAGUUGGAUGCUAGUGUGCUGAACAAAAUCCCCACCAAGGGGAAUGUGAAAGGACAUAAGCAUAACUAGGUUUAUCCAUAUGUAAAUAAUUUUGACAUUCAAAAUGACCAUCUUUCAUUCAUGAUGGAAAUUGGGAAGGGCUAAAGGUAAUAAAUAGGGGGAAUAAAAAAAAAAUUACCAUAUGAAUGAUAUUGAUAGGAACAAAAUUGCAUUUAUAUAUAGUUGUUGUUUCUGUUGUUCCUUCA